AUGAAACCGCCCACACCUGCCCCUCCUUCUCCCCCUCCAAGAGACUCCGAAGCGGGCCGGCCACAGCGGCGCCCCUGCACCGAUGGCUCUCGUGGGGUCUCGCAUGACGAGCCCACGACCGACGUCGCGCGCGCGGGACCUCUCAGCGCGCGCGCAGGGGAGGACGCCCGGCCCAGUGCUGGACGGCCCCUGGACUCGAUCGGGAGAAGGCAGACGACCACGUUCGGUGUGACGACAUCCGCGCAGGCCGUUGCCAGAACUUCCCAGCCCCUCGCUCGUGCAGACGAAGGCACAGCGGACAGCCGGCGCGGAUCCAACGGCGUGCGCUCUCCCGCGUCGUCCACGCCCUCCGGCCCGACGAUGGGGCAGAAGCCAUCGAUCGUCCGCUCCUCGCGACUGAUAAUCCCUCCGCUGCCUCAGCCUGCUGCCUCGCCUCCGUCCACCCUUCCCCCACCUCCGUCCCUUCCCCCACCGCCGUCUGCCCUCUCGCCGUCGCCGCCUUCUGGCUUCCCAACGUUGUCAUCAUGCACAAUCUCCCACGCGCCCCCUCCAAUUCCUCCCCCGCACACGCGGCCCCAAAUCAAGCAUGCGCGUUUGUCGCCUGCUUCGGUCCCUCCGCCGCCAUCCGCCUCGCGCCCGCUGCCCAUCCCUCCGGCUCCGCCGGCGUCGGUCCCCGCCUCCCACCUCGGCGUUCCAAUCAGCCACGUCCCCGACGCUCCCCCGAACACUCGCCCCCUGUCCGGGACGUCGUACGCAUCCAGCUGGAGUGGAGGCACCGGUACCAGCUCCGACGGGACCGGCGCGUCUGUAUACGGCACUCCGCUCACGUCCCCCGAGGUCGGCACCCACGCCCUCAAGCCCGCGCGCACGCUUGUCCCCGCCACCGUGAGGCCCACUGCUGCAUCUGCGACCCAUGUCCCCGCCCCCGCCGCGAGCUCCGGAUCUUCCCCCGCCAGUUCCACACCCUCCACCCCGACACCCGCCACCCCCAGGCCUGCGUCCCACGGGACGGCCCCUGCGCCGACGCCUGUCCCCGCCCCCGUGUCCGUCGUCGCAGCGCCGGCUGUCCCUCCGCCCGCCGUCCCAGUCACGCCCGCUCCCGCUCCCGCCGCUCCCUCCGCUCCCGCCGCCGCCGCCGUUCCACCCGAACCCAUAGCCAGGAUCCUCGCUGCUUUCCCCGCUCCCCGAUGGAACGUUCGUCAUUGCCCUACCCCGGCCUUCCUACGCGACGAUCUCUUCCGCCAAACCGCCUUCGCGGCUGGGCUCACCAAGUGUCGGGUGGUGUUCAAUGCCGACUCCCCGGACGAGCGAUUCCUCGCGACCUGCAAGGCCUCCCACGAUGGCAAUCCCCUCACUGUCGCGGACGUUCUGCGCGGGAUCGGCGAGAAGCUGGCGGGCACACCCCAUGUCGGCGCGGAGGAACCGUCUGCCGUGUGCGCGGCGAACCGCCGUCGCGCCAGCGGCGCCGAAGGGCCGAUAACCUACGUGGACUUCGUGAAGACGACUGCGUACUUCUUCUUGGGACUGCGGGAGACCAACGUGCCGGGGGAGUUCGCCGUCGUGCUAGGAGAGCAGUUCUAG